CACUAACGCGUGCGAGGCGAGGCGAGGCGAGGCGAGGCGAGCAAAGAGGGAAAAAGAGCGUGUAAAAAAGAAAGAGAGAGGAGUGCGAGAAAGAAAAGGGCUUUUCGUCUCCUCCUUCCCCACUCUCCAUCUCCACCCCAACCCUCCCCUUUCGAUCUCGCUCCCCUAAUCCUAAUUUCCCCCUCAAGAAGCCGCUUCUCGGAGAAGCCCUAAUGGCGGGGGCCCAAGAAGCUAGGGUUUCGGGCGCGGAGGGGCUCCUUUCGACGCCGCUCAUGGCCCGCGGGAUAUGAGCCCUCGGAUCGCCGUGGGAUUUGGGGUCCGGAGCUUCAAAGGACAAGAUUUCGUCCACGGAUGGAGGGUCGUAGAAGCCUAGGCGAUUUCUCCCCGGCAUACAUCAAUGGAUUGUGAUGACAAUGACUUUCAGAGCCAAAACUUUCAGCUAAUUGGGGAGGACAGCAAUAAAUCUCCGCCCAGUUUACGGCCAUUUGCUGUACCGAAAUUUGAUAUCGACGAGCAACUUCAGGUUCAUCUUAGGUUUGACAAUCUAGUUGAGACAGAGGUUUUGUUUGGCAUACAAGGUCAAGGAAACAAUUGGAUUGAAGACUUCUCACCUGUAAGCAGUGCAAUAGAAUUUAGUCCAAGUGCAGCUGAAUCUUGUUCACUAUCUAGGACCAAUAAUGUCUGGUCUGAGGCUACUUCCUCCGAAUCGGUUGAAAUGCUACUGAGGUCAGUUGGAGAUGAUGAUAUGGCACACAAUAAGGAUGGCACUAAGGAUGGAGAUGCACAUGAUCGACUGAAUGGGAUAGAUUGCCAUAUGGAUCCCUCAUGCAGACGUGAUGUAGCAUUAAGUCAGCCUCAGGUUAAAGACAUUUCUCAAACUCCUCUGGACGAGAAAUCUGGAUAUGAAUUAGGUGAAAGUUUGUUGCGCGAGAAGUCAAACUCAGAUAUGAACUCCAUUGCCGAGAAAGGCACCGUAGAUGACAAGUUGGCUUCAUCUUCCAAUGAUACAUCAAGAAGCUGUUUAGUUGUUGAUGAGUAUUUUGAGGUGUUUGAGGAUGAGAAUCCUUUGGAAGAUACUUUAAAGGGCAAAACUGAAGGAAAUAAUUCUGACCCUUCUCCUCUAUCUGUUGAUAAUCAAUUAUUUUCUGAGCAGGUAAUGAAACUCCAGGAGAUUCAUAGGACUUUUGCAGAUAAUUUGCAUCCAAACAGGAAGCAAGAAGCUAAAAGUCAGGUUGCCUCUUUUGAUGGUGAAGGUAAUCAGCAUUCUGAAAGUCACACUGUUGAAGCUGAUCUUUGCAACAUGAAAUCUUUGGGAUCAAUUGAAUUGCUGCAGAAAGGAACCAAUGAAUCCUUAUUAUCUGGGAGCUCUGAUGGAUUAUUGGAAUCUAUUGCUUAUCCAGUAAAGACUUUGAGCAAAGAUAAUGUAACUCACACAGAAACUGGCCUGCACGCUGUGGAGAUAUCUUCUUUAGAUGUGGAAGCAGAUGUAACUAUGUCAAAGCAUUCAGUUGUGGAUGGCUGUGCAAAUAUUAGUAAGCAUUCUGAUAUACGUGAACAACAUGAAGAUAUUGGCCAUUACCAACCCAACUAUCAUUCAAGGGAUCCUGUUUCCCAUACUGAGGACCCUCUUUCAACAAGAGAUGCUGGAGUAAUCAAAACUGGAGAAGAAAGUGAGCUUAAUUCUAAUAGGGAGGUUUCUGGAGAAAAGCAAGACUCCAGGGGCCAGGUUGCCAGUGGGGGCGAGGACGCUAUUUCAAAACCAGGUGUUACAGUGCAAAGCCCAAUCGAGGUAGAUUUAAGAAAACAUGAAACAGAGACCGAAAGAGAGGAUGUGAACGACUUCCCCGCUGAUCCAAUGACUUUAACUUGCCAGAAUGCUGUAGUAGCUGUAUCGAUGAAGAGUACUGAAGAUGAAGAUGCGAAAGAAACUAUUGAUAAAACUGAAAUUACAUUUGAUGCAUCAGAAAAUGUUAUUCGUAAGGAAACUUCACCUUCUUUACCUGAUGACUUGGAAUUGAAUGAUUUAUCUUCUAGCAACAAGAAGUCAGUCGAGACGAGUGACAUAUCUAAUUUGGUGACUGAAUCUAAGGAUGGUCACUUGAGCACUCAUAUUUCUACUACAGGAGAAAAAGAUGCAGAAUUGCCCGUUAGUUUAGGUCCCAGAACAUCCCAAAGUGAAAGUUCCACUGUUAUGGAGGAAAUGAAGUGCCUAUCUGAAGCUCAAAGUACAAAGACUGUAACAGUCAUGAAUAGUUCAUCACCAAGUAAUUUGAUUCAGGAUAAUUCUGGAGUUGUGAGCGACAAGCUCGAUUCUAGUAGGCCCUCCCUUAACAACUUGACUGCUCCUCCCCAGACAUAUUCUGAUGAUACUCCUAUGACAGUGGUAGUAGAGCAAGAAGUGGAACGGUCAUCUUUAUCUGUAUCCGGUUGCAUUGAAUCGUGUGAUAAGAAUGCGGAAGUUGCAGUAACUUCAACUUAUUUAAAGAGUUCGUUGAAUACCCAGCCAUCAGGUGAUGUAGUGGACAGUCCAAGUUCCGCAGAACCUUUUUGUGGUUCGCCUACAGUUAUCAGUUCCAGUAAACCUUCUCAAGAUGAAAGGGGGGAGGGUAGCAAAGAAUUGUCACAGUGUACAUAUCCUGCUUUAGAUAAUCCGGUUCAAAUUUCUGAAACUGGUCAAAGAUCUAAACCGGAAAGUCCUACAUCUAAAGAUGAUAAAAGCUUUUCCUUCGAGGUUGGAUUGGUACCAGAUGCAGAUGCUAAAGAUAAUAAUACCGGCAAUGAGUUAAAACCUUUUCCCAGUAUCAAAUCCAGUGAAACUACUGUGGUUUCAAAAAAGAACUCUGAAGGACACCAUUUGCAUCCUGAAGUUGGAAGUCUUCCUAAAAAUAAUUCGGAGAAAAGUGGUGGAGAUAAGAGUAAACGGGCAUCAGGUCGUUCCUCCAAAAGGAUGAGUUCCUCUACAGUUGCUGCUAAAGAGACCUCGCAGCGAAAGCAGAUGAUAGAAAGUAAUAAGAGUCCAUUGAGUGCUUUGCCUAUUGCUGAAUUCACAGGCAACACCAAGCAUUCGAAGGAGAAGCAGCAACAUCCAACUACUGAGAGCAGUAGGAUCAAAGCCUCCUCUUCUCCAGUUGGCGAGACAUCUAGUUUGCCAGACUUGAAUACUUCAAUUUCGUCUGCAGCAUUGACGCAUCAACCCUUUACUGAUUCACAGCAAGUGCAACUGCGUGCACAAAUCUUUGUUUAUGGAUCACUUAUUCAAGGAGUUCCCCCAGAUGAGGCUUGCAUGAUAUCGGCCUUUGGAGAAUCAGGUGGUGGAAGGACUAAGUGGGAGGGACUGUGGCAUGCUGCUGUUGAAAGAUAUCAGAACCAGAAGUCUCCUCUAAGUACUUCUGAAACACCUAUUGGCUCCCGGCAAGGUGCUCGGAUUGCUGAACAAGCCUCAACUAGGGACGGUGCUGGUAAAAGCAAAUCCUUGAAGUCAGCUUCUAGCCGAGGCGUAAGUAAAGCUAUGCCGUCCCCUAUAUUAUUCCCCCCCGUGUCUUUGCCCUCACCAUCAUGGGCUAUGCCUUUACGUGAUAAUUUACAGUCAAGUGUGCCAAGAGGCACCCAUCUAGAUUUCGGUUUAUCUCCAUUACAUUCAUAUCCAAGUUCACAGAUGAGGCAGUAUGCGGGCAAUGCUGGACCUUGGUUUUCUCACACCCCCCGCCCUACUUCGUGGGUUCUUUCAUCGCAAAGCUCAAUAUUUGAAACUGCCUCCCUGGCUGUACCUGCUGCUGAAACAGCCAAAGUAACACCUCCUAAGGAUUCAUCUAUUUCACCUGCUCCUACUGUUCAACUUGUAUCACCCAGUACUCUGCUAUCCAACCCAGUUUCCGCAAGUGUUUCUGCUGCCUCAGUUGUACAGGUUGAAACACCGAAGAAGGCAGCCAUUUCUUCUUCUAAGAGUGCAGCUAGUACUCAGAAACCAAGAAAGAGAAAAAAGGGUGUAAUUACCGAGGAGCAGGAGCUGAUCAGUGGUGACCGUCAAGUUCAAACAGAACCUGCUUCUGCUGCUCUUGCUAGUAACCAGUCUUCAUCUUCACCAGGUCUUAUUUUGUCUCCUAGUGGUGCCCCUCAAGUUCGGACAGGACCUGCUUCUGCUGCUCUUGCUAGUAACCAGUCUUCAUCUUCACCAGCUCUUAUUUUGUCUCCUAGUCAUCCGAGUAAGGUUGUCUCUGGUGGCCUUGUUCUUACUACCUCUCAGAUUACUUCUUCUAAUUAUCCAAUAAUAGGUGGUGGGGGUACUGAGCAAAGGCCCCAUAUAUUUGAAGAGAUCUUCAAUAGAAUUGAGCAGUCAAAAAAGCAAGCACAAGAAGCUGCUGCACAUGCUGCUGCAGCAGUCAGGCAUAGCCAAGGCAUAUGGAGUCAUUUGGCUACACAAAAGAACUCGGGCUUAGUUGCAGAAGCUGAAGAGAAACUUGCUUCUGCUGCAGUUGCAGCUGCAGCAGCAGCCUCUGUUGCGAAGGCUGCAGCUGAAGCUGCUAAGGUUGCAUCCGAAGCAGCUUUGCAGGCUAAGAUGAUGGCUGAUGAAGCUAUAACAACAGUCACUCCGCAAAUCUUGGAAACUGGACAACUCGAUGUGGGUAAGAAUUUGGCAAUGGUAACUCCAGGUUCAAUCUUGAAAGGGAAGAGCACGGCCCCUGGCUCUUGUUCGAUCAUUUCAGCAGCACGAGAAGUUGCUAGAAAAAGGGUUGAAGCCGCCUCUGCUGCCAGAAAACGGAUGGAGAACUUGGAUGCCGUAUUGAAAGCUGCAGAACUUGCUGCUGAAGCUGUUUCACAAGCAGGAGUAAUUAUUGCAAUGGGAGAUCCUUUACCUCUAACUAUAACUGAGUUGGUUGAAUCUGGGCCUGAAGCUUAUUGGAAGGCUCACCCUUCGGUAAUCGAGAAACCUUCAAACAUCUUGCAGCUGCAGGAGACAUCAGGUGCCAAGCCAGCUAAUGAACAACCAUCAAAUCAGGAAGAGGUAAAGAAAUUUGCUGGUGAGGGGUUACUUUCUGCUAACAAAGAGUCCUUGCGGUUGGAAGAAAAUCAAACAGAUAUAUUAGCCAACAUUCCACUCAAUAGAUCUGGAGAAGAUUCUUCGCUAGGAAGCCUUAAAGGAAAUAGCAUCCGAAAGGGAUCUCUUGUUGAGGUUGCGGUUGAUGAUGAUGGUCUUAGAGGAGUUUGGUGUUCUGGGAGCGUUCUUGAUAUUAAAGAUGAUAGAGCAUACGUCUGCUAUAAUGAUCGUCUUCCUGAUGAUGGGUCCGGUCAGCUUAAAGAGUGGAUACCACUAAUGGAUGACAGUGACAAGCCACCAAGAAUACGUGUUGCGCAUCCAAUGACUACUACAAAAUUUGAAGGAACCAGAAAGCGACGCAGAGAGCUAGAAAACUAUGCUUGGGCUAUCGGAGAUCGAGUAGAUGCUUGGAUAAGAGAUGGUUGGUGGGAAGGCACUAUUACUGAAAAGAGCCAAGCGGAUGAAACAGAGUUUACUGUUCACUUUCCAGCUGGCAAUUCACUGGUGGUCAAAGCAUGGAAUCUUCGUCCAUCCCUAGUUUGGAAGGAUGGCCACUGGAUAGAACAAUCUCGUGUGAGAGAUAAAAACACCAAGCCCUAUGAGGGUGAUUCCCCAUAUGAGAAACGUCAGCGGCUAGGGCAGCUUGAAUCUGAGAGUCACCUUGAUAAUUCAAAGAAACCAGAAGAGUUUGGACACUUUAAUGUAUCCGAAAAGGAUAGAAUUUUUACCAUGGGAAAGAAUGUAAGAAAGGAGGACAGUACCGGUGCACUAGGAGUGAAGAGGACUGGCCUGCAGAAAGAAGGAUCGAGAGUGGUCUUUGGGGUCCCUAGACCGGGAAAGAAGAGGAAAUUUAUGGAAGUAAGCAAACAUUAUGUUGCAGAUAAGGCCGACAAGACCGACGAAGCGAACAAUCCUAUCAAAUUUGCAAAAUACCUGAUGCCACAAACAUCACGUGGUUGGGGUGCUUCAAAAGUUGACCCAAAAGGAAAGCGAUCUAGUGAGCCCAAGCCAAGGGUGGUCAAAUCCGUGAAGUCCCAAAACAGUCAGGGUAGAAUCAGUGGCGAAAAGGAAAAUUUGUCUGUCACGACUAUGUCUGCUUCAAAUGUUGGUGAUAGUGCUUUCGGUUCUUCUUUUAGCAAUCAAGGCAGUAAUCUAGAAAAGAAGAGUGCUCUGGAUCUUGGCUCUUCUCGCAACAGUGCUAAAACAACCGAUGGUUCGCUAGUUGAUUCUAAUGUCGAGCCUUCAGUGGGUCAUCCAGCAUCAAAGAAGAAGCCAUCUACCCCUUCUGAGCCUGAGAUUGGAGGUGGCGGAAAGCUCACUUCUGCUGUGGAGACAUCCACUGUAAAUGAACACAAGGCCUUUGAAAAUUUUGGAAGAACAAAUCUUGACGCAAUUCAACCUCGGAGAUCAAAUCGCAGAAUUCAACCAACUUCAAGGCUAUUAGAGGGCUUGCAAAGUUCUCUUAUCAUAUCCAAGAUUCCCAGCGUUACACAUGACAAGGGCGCCAGGGGUCAACAUAGAGGUGCAUCGUCCUCGUCCUCGCGUGGAAGCACUUUUGGCUGAGAGGAGGCGCUCUAUGUUGUUUGUUGAUGUAGAAGCUCUUUUUGGAAGUGAUGUUCUCUUGGAUCUUGUACAUAACAUAAUACAGAUGUUAUGUUUGGAAGUAGAAAGAUGUCUCAUAUUUUUAGGUGUAAAAUGUUGUAGCCUGCUUAAAUUUGUAUUGUUACUUUAGGUACCAAGACAUUCUCUCUUCUUCAAAAGUUAUUUAUGUGCUGAACCUUUUCACCCCUAAUUUAAACAUCUAGUACUCAAUAGAACAGAAGAAUUGACUCUUGGUUUGUUUUCGUUAAUUUCCUUAAAUGAGUUGCUGAUUCGCUGGA